GUUAUCGAUACAGUAGUGUUUUGGUGCACGGUGCAGCGAUGAAAGUAACUGUUGACCGCGGAAGAUGCUCGUAUAACAGUAGUAGGCGUAUUUCACGCAGCAUACUUAUAACGACAAGCGAUAUGCUGGUGUUGCCGUGGUAGUGGUGAGUGAAGUAUGUGACAGUGUGUGUGAGUGCGAUCUAGAUCGGGAACGAUGAGUGGAUGAAAAGUGUUUUAUAAAAAAGUGCAGCAUGGCUGAAGAAAAUUUUAUAAAAGAUAAUGACGUUCCACAACUAGAGGAAUAUGACACUGGACGCACAAUUCCAGCUGCAGCUGUGUUGCCCUGGGACAGAUUCUCGCGAUGGAUUCAUUGUAUAUGUGUUGUUACAUUCGAUUUGGAACUGGGACAAGCAUUAGAGAUAAUUUACCCAGGGCACAUAAAUCUCUCGGAGCAAGAAAAAUCUAAUAUUUGCUAUUUAGCAUUUCCUGACUCAAAUUCAGGAUGUAUGGGUGAUACUCAGUUCCACGUUCGUAUACGAAGAUCUGCUGGCAAUGCUGAAUUGAUGCCAGAGCAUCAGUACUACAAUCAAAAAUGCCCUGUAUAUUUACAAAUCGAUCCUGGAUAUUAUUACGGUUAUGUUUACUUCCGACAAGUGAAAGAUAAAACUCUUCCGCGUGGUUAUUUCCAAAAGAGUGUGGUUAUUGUGUCGCGUCUGUCAUUCUUGAGCCUCUUCACUGAAGUGUGUUCUCUGAUCGCCCCUGAAUAUUUUGAAAAUGGUGAGCCAAGUAUAGAAGCUGCAUGCCAUGAUAUAGACCAGUGGCCAAGUCCUGUCCCUGGAGAAAACGUUAAUCUGCCACUGUUUGGAACAGUGCUUCAGGCUUAUAUUCCUGUUCAAAGCAAAAAGCCAUGCAGUGUAGUUCCAUCAGGCUCACCUCCAAGAAUGAAUUCAUUAGUGCAGCCACCACCGACUGUCCUCCGCUCUAUUCAUGAAGUAAACUUAUUCCGAUGUUUUUCACCUGUUGUCUCACAUGUACUCCUCUUAUGGGAAUUAGUACUUACUGGUGAGCCAAUUGUGGUAAUGGCUUCAUCUCCCUCUACAUGUUCAGAAAUGGUGCAAGCUCUUGUAAGCAUGAUUGCACCACUGACAUAUUGUGGUGAUUAUCGACCAUACUUCACUAUCCAUGACAGUGAGUUCAAAGAAUAUACUACUAAAGCUCAUGCUCCUCCAUAUGUCAUUCUUGGUGUGACAAAUCCAUUCUUUGCCAAAACACUGCAGCAUUGGCCACACAUAAUUAGAAUAUGUGAGCCAUCCAAUACAGAGACAGUGCAGAAACACAAGUUGAAAAAAGGAGGCAAUAUAAAGAUGCUGGAUUCAAAGCCUGGUGUUUAUACCCACUAUCGACCAUUUCUCCACAAAGAUAAGUUGAUUCUGAAGAAGCUUAUGAAAGGUAUUCAGACAAAACGACCCGGGGAGGUACAAACAGCUUUGCUUAAAAGACAUCUGCUCGAAGUUACACAAAGUUUCAUGAUCCCUUUAGAGAGAUAUAUGGCCAGCCUCAUGCCACUUCAGAAAAAUAUUUCUCCGUUCAAGGCUGCACCCACACCGAGACCUUUCAACCAGGAAGAGUUUCUGGCAACCCUUGGGACUUCAGGACCUCAACUUACCUCCAUCAUCAAAGGAGACUGGGUAGGCCUGUAUCGCCGGUUCUUCCGCUCACCAAAUUUCAAUGGCUGGUAUAAUAUGCGACAUCGAGAAGUGAGUCAGAAACUACAAGCACUGCAACUUCAAGCAUUAUCACGUGCUGAUCUGAAGAUGUGGGUGAAAGGCAGACAAGAAGUGGAAAUUGUUGAUAUGAUCUUGAGGAUUCGCCAGAAGCUAGAACAGUGUAAAGCGAAUGAUCUUCCUCUAAGUGAUGAUGUACAAGAACAGCUGCGGUACAGAAUGUCUGAGAUAAUGUGUACACUACCUGAGGAUCUGAAGGCUGUGUUGAAAGUGAGCUGAUGGUGUCUUGAUCUGUUUCAGUACAAAGUUUGUAAUCUUCCAAAACUUCUACUGUGCCUCACUGACUAGAGAAGCACAUUAAAUGUGACUCAUUGGAGGAAUGCAAUCUCUCUUGGUAAACUGAUAAUAAUGGUGCCUUGAAAAUCUCUCCAGUGUCUGUGAGUCCAUAAGAGGCUUGAAGAAAAUAAUUAUUUUAUUUCACAAAUCCUACCAUUUUUGUAGAUUGAAAUUAUUGUGUGUGUGAAUGUAAUUGUAUGUUAUGAAUGUUACUCUUUCUGUAUUUCUUCCAAAACUUAAAUAGCUCUGUGUGUGCAACAUGGAGUUAUAGUUUUAGCUGGUCCCUGUGUUUACCAUUUAGACCAACAAGCUUGCCUACAUCAAAUGUGAGAGCAACAGUGAAUGAGAUGUUUAUCUGUCCAACACUCUUUUUAAUGUAGAAGUAAGUUAAAAAAGGUAAUUUUUUUAUGUGUUGACUGUCCUAACAGUAGCAUCAAAUGAGACAUUUUAUGUGCAUGGUGUAUGAUGCAAGUAACUACCUAGGAGGAAGUGAAAUUUGACAUGUAUCACUGUAUGCAUUUUGCUUCUUCUACUUUUAUUUGUUCAGGACUAGACCAUUGUAAAUUAAACCCAUUAGAUGUUGUUCUGUGUGUAGAAAAUGAGUGUACAAUUAUCAGCCUGCAUUAAUUGUAGUUAUUCAUAGUCAAGUUUCACUUCGGUGUUUCUUCCAGUCAGCAUCUGAACAUAUCUCAUGUUCUUAAAUUUAUUGUGCAGUGGUAAAAGAGAAAAAAGUUUGUGUAUAGUGUAACUGAGCCACAGUACUGUACUGUGUGGAAAACUGUUUCAUUAUGUUUCUGGAAUCAAGUAUAUCAGAUCAGUGAGCCAAGAUUUCUAGUUAUCUACUAGAACCCAUAUUAAGCUUGCAAUUGGUUGGAAGUAUGUCCAGUUUUUGAAGUAAUUCAAAGUACAGUUAUCACAAAAUCAUCUGAAAUAGUUGAUUGCUGGAAAGUAUUAUGAAAAACCACAUAACUAAAAAAGAGACUUAGUGCAUUUUGUGUGUAUUAAUGUCAGUGUUAUGUUAUGCCAGUGUAUUUAUAGAUGUGAAUGAACAAGGCCUAACAGGGAACUCAUUGGAAAGGCUAGUGAAAAACAGAAUGAUGAAUUUUGGUGAUUGAAUAUAUUUUUGAUCAAUCAUAUAAGUCAGAUAAGUGUACCUAUGGCCUGAGUGACUGCCUAACUUUUAAAAAGCUGAAAUGUUCAGGGAAUGUUUGCUUCAACUAAUCACACUAUAGAGUGGUGUUUGUGUCCAGGGCUUUGGCCAACUGUGUGUCUCAGAAUAUAGUUCAAUAUGUUUGUGUGUGUAUGUGUGUGUGUAUUGAACAUAAUGACAUAGAGUGUGAUCAGCAUAGACACAUUAAAAAUUAUGAAGUAAAUUCUCAGAGUAAAUCUCCUUCACGUGGUUGAAGAGAUAUAAAACAAGAGUGUGGUUAUGAAAUUGGUCAACUAUAAAGCAUCACCCAGUGUCACUUGAAAUGGGAAACUGAUGCUUCAGGGCCUGUAAGUGAAUGCAGUGAUACAUAAACCCUCAGGGAAGAAACUUAUAAGGAAUCUGAAAUGAGGAAGCUGGAGUCGGAUCACUGAGAAAUAAAACAGAACAAAGAAGCAGAAAAGAACAGGAAAAGCAGAAAACAUGAAAAAAUAUCACAGUGGUGUUUUCUAUUGUGUAUUGUGAACAAAAUUUAUAACCAUUACUGAAAUGUACAGCAUGGUGUAUAGUAUCAUUUGACCAUUGUGAUUUAACUAGAAACAAUGGCUUGUAAUUUAAUUGUAGACUCUAUAGUAAAAUGGAGCAGGUAAACUUUUUAGAAAAGUGAAUUUAAAUGACUUGCAAUAAAAAUGCCCAGGUUUCAAAUGUCUGUCUCUCUAUACUGAUUUAGGUUUUCCAUGCUUCUCCUAAAUGACUUCUGGUAAAUGCCUGGAUUGUUCCUUCAGUAAUCCCAUGAGCCAUUUCCUGCUUCACCUAUUAAUCUUCUCUAUUAAUCUUGUCAUGGCACACAUUAAAUCCUAAUGUUCCUUCCUUUUCAACUAAUCUCUGUGGCAUUGUCAUCCUGCAGAAUAUUGGCCGCCUGAUCAAUCACUACAUCAUACCCAAAAUAAGGUAUCUUUGAGUGAUAUCAUUGGAGGGUUAGGAGAUGAACACACUGUUGUCUACAUUAUUGGUAGUGACACUCAAAACCAGAGGCAAUACGCAUGCUGUAAAUAAUUUCUCAAGUGGCCUCAUGAUGCUAAGUGUCUCUCUUUCCAAUCCUUCUCGCUUGGAAAAUAUAAUUAAGUGGAAAUAAUAUUUUUUUUAAUUUCAACUUUAUUGUACAAAGAAACUUUAUACAGGGUAUCCCAGGUGGAAUGGUCAAUAUUCAGAGGUAUAACAAGAAUGAUCAUUGGAAGCAAAAAAAAGUCUAGCAAACAUGCCUUAAGAACUAUGUCCACUUCUUCAUCUUUGAUACUGUGAAACAAAUCUCUUUUACUGCCAACUCCUUACUUUUAAUAUUUUUGGAGAAGGUAGUACAGACCAAAAUAAGAAGGGAAAAAAAUUAUAGUACACAUGGGUUCCAAUAUGCGUACCUUAAGAGCUAUGGCACUUGUUCAAUAGAAGAGAUGUGUAUCAUAGUAGAGAAGAUGAACAAGUGCUCAUAGCUCUAAAGUUCUGUAUUUUAGAGCCCAAGUUUACUAGACUUUGGUGCUUCAAAUGAUUGUUUCUGUCAUACCCCUGAAUAUUGACCACUCCUCCUGGAAUACCCUGCAUAAAGGUAUUAUGUGAGGCCCAGGUUGUACUGCUCAAGUUGUUGUAUCACUGACUUGCCUUAGACUGAGGUACCAUUUAUACUUCUCAAGGGCAGUAAGGAGUGGGAAGGAAAAGGAGGAGGGAACAGAUAUAAUAGGAAUUUUUGGUCACCAAAACGUAAUAAGGGGUGUUUUUGAGAGUGUAAAAGGUUGAAAAUGCUAGAGAAAGUAAUGAGAGAAAUUAAAAUUCAGGUUGUUUAAAUGAGAAGACUAUAAAUGACAACAUGUAAAACAGUAUGUUAAAUGACAUGACUAAAGAAAUCUUAACACUGAAAAAAGAAAUAAGAGUACAACAAGUUCUUCUUAGUAGUGUUACAUCCAGUAAAGAACUUUUACAAGCUUUUGAGCCACUUAUAAAGCCAAAUAAAUAAUCAGAAAGAAUCCUUGUGGGGAAGUUAAACUGAAAUGCUAAAGUAAUCACUGUGGAACAUGUGUCAUUGAACAGCAGUAUUGGUGGAGCAUGUGGUCAGCAUGCUAUUAACUUGGCCGUUAAUUUUAUGUUUCGGAUCCAGAGCCACAGCUUCUCAUACAUUCUGUUGGUACCUAGGUAUAACUUAAAGUUCCUGCUAGUCACAGAUAUAAUCCAGCUACCCAUAAGAAGGCUCCAAAGAUUCCUACUUGACAAAUUAUUAAAUUUAUGAGAUUAAUUACCUUUACAGCAGGAAAUAUGCAUGUGGGAUUAUGUUUUACUGUUUACAACAUCCACCAAAAUAGAUAUUUUGGUGUAAUAAUUCACCACAUUAGAAUACUUCUUUGAAAAGGAAUCAAGUUAUUUAACUGUAUACAGUCAUUUUGAUUUCAAGAAAGUAUCCCCUCUAUAGCAAGUGUCUUUAUACACACAGAAGGAGUGACAGGUAAAGAUGUAAAUUACCAAAUAAGCAGCAACCACUCACAAAAUCAUGUUUAAACAUGAUUUUGCGACUGGUUGCUGCUUAUUUGGUAAUUUUAUGGUUUACGGUGACUGCACAACUUGGGAGCCACAUGGAGCCCACCAUUCAGAUAAAGAUGUGUUGAACAGACAGUUAUAUUCUCUUGGCAGAAGGAAGGGGUGUAGUAGUGAGUGAAUAAAUAUCAUUUUGAAUAGAUUCUCUUGUUCAGUAACAUAUAAUUUCCAUGCAGCAGGAACAAUUGUAUAAAAUAAUUUAUUUCACUGAAAUUAUUUUUUCACUCUACAGCAGUGUGUGUGCUGUUCUGAAAUUUCAUAAGAGAUUAAAACUCUGUGCUGGACUCUCAUUAAGAACACUCAGUUUCACAGACUGAGCUUCCUAGGCACAACAUGCAGUUCACAGACACCACCUCACUUCUUCUGUUACUUACAUUCCAAACUUCACAAAGCUUUCCUUCAUAUUUUGCAGCAAUCUUUUUGAAAGUUUGUUUAUUUCACUGUCCUGAACCUAUUUUGAAAAACAGUAUUCUUAAUUUGUUGUUGUUUUAAUUAUUAUUGCAUUACCAGGUAACUCAUGCAGUAAGAAUUCCAAAAAUUAGGGGACAAAUGGAAGUUACAGUACUUAUUUGUCAAAUUGAGUAUCUGUUUUCCACUGAUAGUCUGCAAAUUAUUGCACUACUGCAACAGUUGUUAUUACUAAGCAUUGUUGCUACAUUAUUACUAUAACUACAAAUUUAAUAAUUAUGAGUCUCAAUGGAUUACUAUCUCAUUUCCUUCCAGGAGACAGGGAUUCAGAUCUGAAACAUUCAGUAACCUUGUUCUGCCUUUAUUUGUUUUAUUAUUUUAUAACUUGCUUUUUUCUCUGACUCCUCUGGGUAUAUUCAUAGUAUCCAAUCGGGAUACGUCCAAACAGUGUUAGCACCGAGCGAGGUGGCGCAGUGGUUAGCACACUGGACUCGCAUUCGGGAGGACGACGGUUCAAUCCCGUCUCCGGCCAUCCUGAUUUAGGUUUUCCGUGAUUUCCCUAAAUCGCUUCAGGCAAAUGCCGGGAUGGUUCCUUUGAAAGGGCACGGCCGAUUUCCUUCCCAAUCCUUCCCUAACCCGAGCUUGCGCUCCGUCUCUAAUGACCUCGUUGUCGACGGGACGUUAAACACUAACCACCACCACCAUCAUCCAAACAGUGUUGAAAUAACUCUGUCUAGUGUCUCCAUUCAAACGGGCCUCGGAAGGCCGAAUGGUACUGACCAGCUGCCGUGUCAUCCUCAGCCAACAGUUAUUGCUGGAUGCAGGUAUGUAGUGGCAUGUGGUCAGCACACUGCUCUCCCAGAUGUUGUCAGUUUUCAUGACUGGUGCUGCUACUUCUCAGUCAAGUAGCUCCUCAAUUGGCCUCACAAAGGCUGAAUGCACCCCACUUGCCAACAAGGCUUAACAAUCCCAGACAGUCACCCAUCCAAGUGCUCACCAAGCCUGACAGUUCUUAAGCUUGGUGACCUGACAGGAACCAGUGUUACCACUGUGGCAAGGUCAUUGACUUGCUGAAAUAACACCAAGCUGUAAUUCAGAAUUAGUGAAGUAUGAAUCAUCCAAAAUUUUUAUAGAAAUAUUCAGUAUAAGUGAUAAAAGAGAAAGAUGGAAACCAUUCUGAAAAUGCCAUGAGGAAAUGACAAAAGUACAAAUUUAAUAAAUUUAGGAGCCAUCAUGAGAUUAUCCUAUUUGCUCCAUAUCUGUAAAGCUACAUACUCACACACAAUGUAUAUCUAAUACUUUUAUACUGUAUCACUUUCAAUGGACAGUAAUCAUAUAAAAAAAACCAAAACUUGAGUUAUAAUUUAUCAUUUUCAGUGCUUACAACUUUCCAAAUGAAUUUUUAUAUGUGCUAAAGUUCUACAUUUAGCAGCACCCUUGGUGAAUUUCUGAUCAAUAUACUGGAACUUUUUGGUGCAUUAUUAUGCUAGAAUUGAGUCUCCUUUAUAUACAGGGUGAUUAUAAUUAAAGUUAAACUUUCAUAUCACUGUAGAAAUAACACCACUGGUCAGAAUGAUGUCAAAUUGCAACGGAAUAUUAUCAGAGAAGGGGGAAAACAUAUGGCAGAAGAAAAAUAAAUUACAAAAUGUAGCAAUAGAUGGUGACGUUAGCAUCAUAAUUUAAUAGUGGUUAACUACAAAUGACAAAUAAAACAUAAAACAAUGCUUAAGCUGUAUGUUUGAUGUUAAACUGUACUACUCAGUCUGCAUGGGUGUACAGGUGUGAUACUGUUAGUUAUGUAAGGCAAGGUCAUAUCGGAUGGGAAAAAUCAGUUUUGAAGUGUCCUGAGGCCAAAAACUGCAUAAAAGGCAUCAGUCAAAAUCAAAUCAUAUUAUUAAUUUGUGUGUGACAGGUGCAAAACGUGUUCAAUAUGCUGUCCACUGUUUUCAGCAAGAAGUUGAAAUCAAGAAACAGCAUGUUCUGCAACUUAUUGAAGUGUUUCCGGGGCCAUGCUCAGAAUGUGUUGCGCGGUGCCUGCCUUCAAUGCAGUUAAGUUUGCACUCAGAACACUGAACACAACCUCUUUCAGAUAGCCACACAGCCAGAAGUCACACAAUUUAAGAUCAGGUGAUCAAGAUGGCCAGGCUGUAGGGAAAUGGUGGCUGAUGAUUCUAGCAUUUCCGAAAUAGUGCUUCAGCAGCUGCUUAACUGGAUUCGCAAUGUGUGGAGGUGCGCCACCUUGCAAUGAUCCCAUCCACACAUUCGCACUGUUGGAGAGCUGGAAUGACAUGCUUGCGCAAAAGACACUCAUAGCACUUACCAAUGACAGUACAUGUAACAGGACCAGAAGCACCUGCCUCUUCAAAAAAAUAUAGCCAUAUGAUAAAUGAUGCCGUAAAUCCGCACCACACAGUGACCUUUUCAGGAUGAAGUGGUACUGGUUGAUUUGUGUGUGGAUUUUCCAUUGCCCAUAUUCAACACAUCUGUGUAUUGAUAUAUCCUGUCAGAUGGAAGUGGGUUUCAUCUGUCCACAAAAUCUUCCACGGCUAAUCAUUGUCCACUUCAAUCUGAACAAGAAAUUCUAAAGCAAAGUUCUCACUUGCCGCUAGGUCAACAGGAAGCAACUCAUGCACAUAGAUAAUUUUGAAUGGAUAGCAAAGAAGGAUGUUUUACACACCGUGCUCACGGGUAUGUCCAAUGUUCGGCUAACUCUCCGUGCACUACACAUUUGCACACCACCACUCAUCUCCUCCUUCAUUGCUGUGGCCACUGCUUCCACUGAUGUCAAAUCAAUUUGUUUUCUCCCUCUACCAGGUUGCACACCAAAAGAACCCGUCUUUUCGAAUUUCUGAAUCAUUUUUUCCAGACCUACAGGAGUCAUCAGUCCAAUGCCUUUUUUCAAACCCUUCAGUGUCCAGAACUUCUGCAGAGCAAAGUGUACACAGUCAUUAUUCUUAUAAUGCAGCUAUACAAGCAGAGUGUGAUCCUGCAUUGAGGCAGUCAUGGCGAAUGUCGCAGACGCAAAAGGAGGAAAAGGCAUGUACCUGGCAUGUUUAUACCUCUUCAUUGGGUCACGCAAAUUACAGGUGUUUUCAUUUACGUAUUCUAACACAUACAGUGCCAUCUACUGAUCAAUUUUCACACAAUUUUUUUUCUUCUCUCAUAUGUUUUCCUCAUUCUCUGAUAAUAUUCCGUUGCAAUUUGACAUUAUUCUGACCAGUGGUGUUAUUUCUACAGCAUUUUGAAAGUUUAACUUUAAUUAUAACCACCCUGUAUAUCAUAGUCAAAAUUACACUCUUUUGAAGCUUUUGAAACACUAUUUCCUACAGUUGAAGCUAAAGAAGUAGGUAAUAUAUCAAAGAGAAGGGCAUUUCACUUGGUAUCGCUGCUUAUUAAAUUGAUAUCAGACAUGAUACUGGAGCUAUGGAAAUUGUACACACUGCUUUCUAGAGUAACAGAAACAGAUUCACUUCUUGUUACAGUCAAUCAGGGUAACUUUUUACCAAUCAGGGUAUAUUUGUACCACUUACCACUUUUGUUUGAUGUGGCUACUGCUGUACCUAAUGCCAUUAUUUUUUACUAAAAGUAAUUUUUUAUUGCUUCUGUGAUUUCUAGUUAGUGUCUCAGUUAUCUGUCCCACUUUGUGCAAGCUCUUGGGCUUGUGAUCAUCCUUUAAUUGCUCUGGCUGUGAAGAAACCUUCUGGUGAUAGUGUUUUAAGUUGAUAAAAUAUCUCAAUAUUUUGGUGUAAACCUGCAGUACUGAGUUAACAGUGUUUUUACUUCUUAUUAACACCUGAUUUCAUUCUGGUGUUAUUGAGAGCAUUGGAUAAAGGAAAAAUUCUUAGUUUUUUUAGACUGGACUAAAGUUAUCCUGAAUGAUAGUGUAACUUUGUACCAACAUUAAAAUUGAAAUUUUACUCAAAUAGAUCAUAUUAGUACACAUUUUCUAUUUUCUAAGCACUCAGUAACUACAGAUGUAAAGUGCUGCAAUGUGUGUUGCAUUGUGUAAUUUAUCUUGUGUCCAGUAUUUUCCAAAAAAUAGUAAAAGUAGUACAAAGUUACCCUGAUUGAAUGUAAUAGAGAUAUUUCUGUAUUUUGUUUUCAUCCUGAAGUUGUUAAACUGGAGAACACACAAUAUUACUAGUACCUUUCAUAAGUUAAACCAAUCAAAAUAAGUACUGAAGACACAUUCAUGUCAGUUUUUAAUCUUUUGAACUUCUAUUCUUUAUAUGCACUUCAUUUGUAUAAUUCAUCUCUCUCCACAUAACCUUUAUUCUUGCUGCCUCAUUAGUCUUCUUCCUGUUGUUGCCUCAUUAAGAUGUUUGUUUACCAUCAUCGUCACUGUAAUUUCUGUUAGCAAGUGAUAAUACUAAUGCAUUCUACUGCCGUAAGUUCCUUUUAUCUGCUUUUGCUUUCUCGAAAGUGAGAAAUAAAUUGCAAAUAAUUGUUUUAGAUUAGUGCAAUUAGUGAUUAAGAAAAUAGUUGACCAUCAACAUCUUUAUGUAAUGAUUCUGGCAAUAUUGAUUAGAGCAGUGGUAAUAAGAAAUUCAACAAAUCUGAAACCAGAUGUUCACUGUAAGAGAAACACAUGAAACAUAAAAGCACCACUAUUUAAUGCAUGUUGCAAGACCAUAAAGCUGGCAAAAAUUAAUAACAGUAGUCCUAUGUGUUACAUUUUGAGAGGAUUUCAAUGUACAGUUGAAUUCAAGAAAGGUUUUUUUAAAAAAAUUAUUUGACUUCUUAUGUUGCUGUAAAUUGUCUUUUAAGCAAAACAGAAGUACUUUGCAGAUGAUGGCUCUGUAAAUCCUUGGAGCUGUACUUAUUGUUUUUUGGUUUUGAACUUCUGCUGUCCAUAAUAUCAGGAUAAACUCAGUACACCACUUCAGUAAAAAAUUAUAUUUGAAUUUGUGUGAAUAGCUUAAAACCAGAAAAAUACUGCGUCUGAUUUUUUUUUAAAGGUGAAGUUUCCUAUGAGAAUCUAGCAGAAUGUACUCCCUCUGAACUAAAAGAGGAUGUAAAAAACUGAAUAUCUGGUUGGAAGGUGAAACUGUGUGCUCUGUACCCUGUUUUACCUACAUUAGUGUAUUUACACUCUAUAGAAAGCUGUUCUCUUCCCAUCAGACACAUAAAGUAUGUAGAUGCCACUGCAUUUUUGAGUCUUUUUCCUGGUUUUGAAAAUCUAUUAUCAUAUUGAUAAUGCCACAGAAGCAACUAAACUCUUGUAACUGAUGACCUACAAGAGUCUUGAUUAAUAUUAAAAUAUGUGUUAAAAUUCAAAACUGAUGAUUGUUGCAAAUUCUUGAAAGCAAUGUUUGCUACAUCUUACUUAAUGUGUGCAGGACCAAUCUUACCAUUUGUUUUUACUUCAGGAGGACCAUUGCUGUGUGAUGAUGUUAUCUUUACCGUGUUCAUUUAUGUACAAAGAAUACUUAAAACCUCAUAAAAUUAUUUUAGUUUUGGUGACUGAAGUCUAAUUAACAAAUUUUACUGUGUAGAUCUGUUCCAAAAGGAUAAAAUGUAUCAUGUCAUGCAACAAAGUCUCAUGUUGUAUAUAUACAUAGUGUUAAGAAAAAUUCUCUUCAAAAGACUUUUGAUAACAGAGACAGAAAUUAUACAGUAGCACACUGCGGCUGUAAUUAUGGUUGGGAAAACAAAUUAAUAGUGGACAUUGUGAAGAAUAUUUUGUGUCUUCCAAGUAUUUAAAGUGUAACCGGUUGUUGUGAUGUAUGUAUGUAUGUAUGUAUGUAAGUACAUAUUUUAGCUCUGGUUCCAUAGUGAAUCACAAUCUGUUUUGUACUUCACAUUCAUUAAUGUUGCUGUUUUAUGAGGCAUAUAACCAAGCAUAUCUGUAAUGUACCAAGAAAAUAUAAAUCAUGUUGGUCUUGUUUGGUGUUGCCAGUAGCAACUAUGAUGUUUGCUAGUACUGCACAAGUAGGCAAUACUGUAUCAGUUGUGAAACUUAAAUUACAAUGUUAAAUUUAUGGAAGAAUGGUCCAAGAAAAUUUAUUGUUUUCCCAGUCAAAACAAAGGUAUCUGUUAAUGUUUGCAAAGCCCAUUUGACUGUGUAUCACCUUGUAGUUACCAACUUUAUUGUCUUCUUCUAGGUGAACAUGAUUUUAUUGCUCUGCAAUUUUCCUUGUGUCCUGUUACUGGAAGAUUUAUAUGUACAAAUGGAAAAACUUUUCAUAUCACAGUGAUUAUAUGUAUAUGUAUUUUAUGAAGAUUAAUAACAACUCUUGUGUGUGUGUAUUAUUGGACUGAAUCAGCUCAAAUGAGCUGUCAAUGUGUUUUCUAUGGUGCUGCGAAUUUCACUUGUAAGCUUAAGUGUGCUCUCUCUCUCUCUCUCUCUCUCUCUCUCUCUCUCUCUCUCUCUCUCUCUCUCUCUUCUUUCUCUUUCUCUCUCUUCCCCCCUCCCCUCUGCCACCCCCUUCCACUCCCUCUACCCCUGCUCCUACCCCUGCUCUGUGUGUGACUGUGUGUAGGGGGGGGGGGGGGGGGGGUUGCGUAUAUGCAUGCACACAUGUUCACACAUAGAGGCAGAGUUUCUUUUUGAGCAGAACAUUUGUUAAAUGUAUUGGUUGUGAAAGUAAAAUCAAAAAUAUGAAUGGGGCACAAUUUCAGUGUUUUCAGGAUUAUCUUGAUAGAUUUUGUUCUGGAACUAUUAAAAGGGUUCUAAACACCAUACUUAAUGAGGAGUUGUUCCACACCUUGCCUGGUAGUUUCCUAAUUUAUUAUUUAUAUCUCUGUCAUAAUCAUACCAGAUAUUGCAGCCUAAAUAAUUAAAAUGUUGAACCUGUUCUAAAAUUUUAGCAACAAAAAUAAUCUUUGCUCUUGUUAGAUGUUAGCCCUGGAAUACCAUGGUUCUGAUUUUGAGGUAUAAAUUUUAAAUACAAAGCUUAUGCAGCAAAUAAACAGAACACUGAAAACAGCAUAGAACAAAGCACAGCUGAAACUGUACAAGAUGAUGGCAGUGCCAGUUAUUCUAUACAGCAGUGAAAAGCAUACAUUAAGACAGAAAGAAUAUAGCCACAGAAAAGUCACAGAAAUGUUAUUCCUCAUGGCACUACUGGGACCCAUGCGCCUUGAUAAAAUGAAAAACCAGAAUGUAUGGAAUCAGUUACAGAUACAUGCAAUACAGGAUAAAAAGAUGAACACAGAAACAGGUUGGAAGAGCAUUUAGAAAGAAUGGGCAAUACAAGGAUUCUGAAAGUGAUACUGUCAUACAGGCAUAUUUGCUGAUGAGAUCCAGGAAAAAGUUGGAUUGAGGCUGAAGGGUCUAGUCCCAGAAAGAAGGAAAAUGAGAAUGAUGAUGAUCAUGAUCUUUAAGGAGGAAGAUUGUCACCUUGCCUGUGGCCUUGUUAGCAUUGCCUUAAGAAAUACUGAACCUGCCAGUAGCACCCAUCUGCUCUGACUCAUGGCAGCUACAAACAAUGAACAUAAACCACUCAUCAAAAUCCAGUAUGUCUGAAAUACAUGCCAUGUCAAGAGUUAUAGUUAUUCUCAUGACAUCAUUGAUUUCAGCAACUUGUGUCCAAACUGUUACCUUCUAACCUAAUCUUGCCCUUGGGCUAUGCUAUGGACCACUGUAUUACCAGAGCCUACUUUCCAAAAAAUAAUAUUGAAGCAAAAUAAAUAUUGCCAUGUUCUGUUUGUGUCUGUAUAACAUCACACAUCAUAUGAUUAUGUCAUGGGUCAAAGCUAAAGUCCAGCAUCAGAUGGUUCGACCAAUCUGUACUAUCAGUAGUGUAGGGAAUUUCUGCCAUUUAUUUGGGAAAACAAUUCUUAAAAUGCAUACUAGUGAAAUAUUGAGAAAUACCCUAGUUACACAUGAGAUCAAAAUAUAUAGCAGCACCACAAUUAACAGCCACAAGGGUACUGGCAGGUUAUAUUUUAUCAAAUUCAGACCAUCAUAUCUGUUAUAUUUCUCGUUCUCUUUUAUACAAAAUCGAUCAAGAUAGCAAUCUAUUAUGUCAGGAACACAAAAGUUGUGCUCGACAUGUUCUGCUGAUUAUUUUUGUAAAGACAUUAGUUAAGAGCUCCUUGAUAUCUAAGAUGUACAAAAUGCUUGUGUGUGUGUGUGUGUGUGUGUGUGUGUGUGUGUGUGUGUGUGUGUGUGUGUGAUGAAGAGUAUAUAGAUAUGACAUAUUUUUUGGCUUCCAUACAUAUCACCAGAAAAAUUCAAUAUGUCCUAAAACCCUGGUUACAUUUUUAAUUGCUAAUCAGUAGGAAAGUGUCAUUAUUUGAUUGGCUUGUUCAUUCACCAAGUAGUUAUGUCACCUCAUCUGUAAAUGUAAUUGUUGCUGCUAAAUUUAUAACAUAAAGAUAUUAUUUGUAUUUUGCAUGCUGUAAAUCCAUUUUUAAAACAUUUGUCAUGAGAAAACUAAACAUAUGAAGGAGUUGUGUAGUUUAUCAAUAAACCUCAGAUGAUGUAUUCAAAAAAAGCUUUUUAUCACUGUAGGUGGUUUUCUUUGAAUUCUCUCUCGCUAUGUGGAGCCAGAUUAUUGUUCUUUUCUUAAGGUACACAACUCAGUUUUAAUGUCACAGAAGAAGAAUAGAAAUCAUGACCUCUUAGAAAAUUUAAUUUGCAAACAUUUCCUUGCUAUGAAUUGAAUUGUUAAUUAAAUGAAUACUGGUAGAAUUUUUAAAAUGUGGAAAAUAAAUGAGAAGUUGCAUGUGGCAUAUGUUAAUAAUAGGUGACAUUUGUAUCAUAACACAAAUUUGUGAUACCUGAAUUCAGUGGGACACAUUAUCAAAGAAUGAAAUUGCCAUGACACCCCUCUGUGUCAUUUAAACACACAAAAAUUUGAGUCUGCAGAAAAAAUGACAUUGAGUCUACAUUAAUAGUAAUAUUACUAAACUGAAGAAUUCUACCAGCUGUUCUAGUGAUGAACAUUGGCAAAUUUGUGUUAUAUUGUGAAUAAAAAUUAAUAUGUUAUAAAUAUUUAAACAGGAUUGGUUUCAUAAAUUUGUAAUUGUUGUUUGUGUUUUCCGGUGUGGUAUGUAAAACACUGAUCUCCAGCCGAUAACCCAUUUGUUUGGUGCCUUAAGCUAUGUUGCUAAAUGAUUUUGCUUGUAUUCAUAUUUUUGACACAUGUUUAUGAUGGUUGUAAUGAUUAAAUCUGUUUGUCUGUAUUUUGCUGUCACUAUGAAACAUUUUGUGAAGUUAAGUUAAUUAGGUGUUGUGUAAAUGUGAAAAAUUGUAAUUUUUCUCUUUUUUUAAAAAAAGAAAAAAGUUUCAACUCGGGGCUUUCACUUUAUUCUAUCCUUUUUUGCAUGCAUAAAAUUAAAAUAAUUCCCAAUAUAUACCAAAUCUUAAAAAAAGCUUUUUUAACUUUGGACAUGUUCUUUGAAACAUGUUGACUGAAACAAAAUAGUAAUUGACAUUGGACUUGUGCAUGUGAAAAGUGGAUUCAGGUCUUUGUCUAACCAUUCCAAUUUUUUUAAUACUUUGCCUAAAUGGAGUUAGAUGAACAACCAAGUAGUUCUUUCCUUCACUCUUUCACAAUUGUACACUGGAAAUAAAAAUCUGUCAUUAAUGCUGAUA